GCAGGCGGCGCUAUUUUGCUAACUGUAAAACGUUACUCGUCUCUGGUAAAGACUAGCAGGGGGAGUGGACAGAGUCCGGCUUAUUGUUUAUCACGAAACCGGUUUGUUAAUCUAGCAUGUAUUUAUGCGAUGGCGAAAAUGUUGGGAAUCGAUGGCAUGCAGAUUAUGUAGCUUUGAACCCUAAGCAUGCAAAUCGUAUACAUCUGUUCGGUAUCUCUCGCUGUCAACAAUAGAGCCACAAGCGCUCGCUAGCGCGCUGCACCCAAAGCCAAGUUUCACGUCGGCGUAAAUGCACAUAUUAUCGAAGCUUUACAAAUAUUGUUUAGCAUCCUGUUGAUGUAAAUACAGAAACAUCUUGCAGUGCAUCGUUUGCACGCACGGCGUCAUGCAGUAGAUGAGUGUACAAGGAAGGAAGAUGAAUCGAGGUCAGUUGAAAGGGAAUAACAAAGAGAACCUGCUCUGCAGUCUCGCGAGCAAGGUUUAGCGGAAGCGGCACGUUGUUGUAGUGUUUGACAUUCAACUUCUCUAGAGACGGUUAUAGCGGAGGCACAGUAACCGACGUUUAGCCAUUUUGUCGGUGUUUUACUUUAUAUAAAUUAAGCUAAUCUAGAGACGCCGAGCUGUUCUUUUGCCUCGCGCCGGAUAAACGUUAUUUCAAAUACUGAGCACGCGCGUUUGGGGAAUUACCGGUUAAACCUGGAGACGGCCGUUGGUUAUUCGCCGAUAAGACGACGACACUUAACAUUAUGUGAAUCAGACGCAACCGUUAAACUUUGUGCUCUGGCACGACUUCAGAGUUGAAAGUGAUUAUAACAUUUAUCAGCAGGCUUCUGCCCUGCCCCCUCGGGAGAUCCCCUAUGUGGAUUGAAUACACCCUGCUGUUUUACACAGGAUGGAUGAGCUGGAUGUGAGGUCUCCUUUUUGUCAUCAUCAUCAACACCACAUUUUGAUCUGUGCAUGGAUCCUGCGUUACUUUUAUCACCAAGCACUUCCUGUGCUCCUCUCUAAUACCUUAGUUUGCAAGAGUAUUGACUUUAUCUGAACUGCUGUUUUGAGAGGAGAGAGGUUUGGCAAUUUUUCACUUGGUUUGAAGCAACCUCGUCUCGUUAUCACACAUUUAUACUGCUUUUUCUUCCAUAUAUGGAUAGCAUAUAAGAUUUGAAUCUACUUCUCACUCCACUCAGUGGAGAAAUGUCAGAAAAUCUCAACGACAAUAUGGUCAAGUUCCUUUCCCCCCCUUCGAAAAACAUCAAUGGCUCCAGCUCAGACACGCUGGUGGGCGAGCGUCUAGGUGUCGAGGUCCGCCGUCGCCACCACACCAUGGAGCGAGAACUGCUGAAGGCAGAGCACCGUUUCUUCCGUCGCAGCGUCAUCAACGACUCCAAUGCUACGGCGCUGGAGCUGCCCAGCAAGAACGCAAUCCUAACCAUCUCAGCGGACUCUCACACUCUUGUUUGUGAAACUCCUGUCUCAGAAAGCAAAGCCACUUCAGCCCCACAAUCUGAAGGGCUGGUUGCACCAAAAGAGGAGGGUGAUGGUGUCAAGACAGCAGUAGAGUCAACGCAGGUGUUAAUUGCGAAUACCACCAAUGUUCUCCCUGCAGAAGCACCAUGUUUGGUUGCAGAGUUGAAGUCUAGAGAUAGUGCUGAUGCAAAACGAGAGGAUGAGAAAGAGGAGGAUGAAGAAGGUAAAGACAAGGCCCGAGCUAAGACAGAUUUGCGGGACACGAAGGCAGAGCUAGAAGACAAUGAGGAAGUUGAGACAAAUGCAGUCGGGACAUCGCUGGAUGGCCGCUUCUUGAAGUUCGAUAUUGAGAUUGGACGUGGUUCUUUUAAGACAGUCUACAAGGGUCUGGAUACUGAAACCACAGUGGAGGUGGCAUGGUGCGAGUUGCAGGAUCGCAAGUUGUCCAAGUCAGAGCGGCAGCGUUUCAAAGAGGAAGCCGUAAUGCUGAAGGGUCUUCAGCAUCCCAACAUAGUACGCUUCUACGACUCCUGGGAAUCAUCCUUGAAAGGGAGGAAGUGUAUUGUCCUGGUGACUGAACUCAUGACAUCUGGGACACUCAAGACGUAUCUAAAACGGUUUAAGGAGAUGAAGAUCAAAGUCCUGCGCAGCUGGUGCCGGCAGAUUCUGAAGGGGCUGCACUUCCUUCAUACCAGGUCGCCUCCCAUCAUCCACCGGGACCUCAAGUGUGACAAUAUCUUCAUCACCGGACCUACCGGAUCUGUCAAGAUUGGAGACCUGGGCCUGGCUACCCUCAAGAGGACCUCCUUUGCCAAGAGUGUCAUAGGUACCCCUGAGUUCAUGGCGCCUGAGAUGUAUGAGGAGAAGUAUGACGAAUCGGUGGAUGUGUAUGCCUUUGGGAUGUGUAUGCUGGAGAUGGCUACUUCUGAGUAUCCGUACUCCGAGUGUCAAAAUGCAGCUCAGAUCUAUCGCAGAGUCACCAGCGGGGUGAAGCCUGGCAGUUUUGACAAAGUGGCUAUUCCUGAAGUGAAGGAGAUCAUUGAGGGUUGCAUACGUCAGAAUAAAGACGAGAGGUAUUGCAUCAAGGACCUCUUAAGUCAUGCGUUUUUCCAGGAGGAAACUGGGGUUCGUGUAGAGCUGGCUGAGGAGGAUGAUGGAGAGCUAGUGUCCAUAAAGUUGUUGCUGCGCAUUGAGGAUGUAAAGAAACUUAAAGGGAAAUACAAAGAGAAUGAAGCCAUUGAAUUUUCCUUUGACUUGCAUAAAGACGUACCAGAUGAUGUUGCCCAAGAAAUGGUCGAUUCGGGAUAUGUUUGUGAGGGUGACCACAAGACCAUUGCAAAGGCCAUAAAGGACAGAGUUUCCCUGAUCUCCCGUAAGAGAGAGCAGCGAAAACUUGUGAGAGAGGAACAAGAAAAGAGGAAGAUGGUGCAGCAGAAUGACCCCUCACAGCUUGGACUGCAUAUUGACACCACAGACAAGCCCCCUGGUCCCGCUCUGGGCACGGUCAUUACGGAGUCUGAAGAACAUGAAGCAGAUCAGCAUCAGCAACUGCAGCAGCCUGGGGCCUCUGCUUCCACUGUAGGUUUUGUGGACCCUCAAGGUUCAGCGUCGGUCCCUGUGACUCACCCUGCCCAGCCAGGCACAUCUUUCAGCACCGUACAGCCUGAUCCACAGCCACAGCACACCAUGAUCCACCCACAAAGCAUGUCACAGCACCCAGCCCAGGCCCCUCUGCAGCAGCCCAGCAGUACUUUGACCCCGGGUCCCACUGCCCAGACUGGAACUGUGGCCACAUCCCAGGUGAUGGGUCAGGCGGCCACUCUGCCCUCUGCCGUUCACCCUACCGUCCCCUUACAGUACCAUCAGCCACCUCAAGAUGGCAGUGCUCCCCCUCCAGGCCCUCAAAUCUUAAAGGCACCACUGACCGUGUCCCAAACACAGCCAGUAGAGCAGUCACAACCUCAAACAACUCUUGCUCCAGCCUCCACAGAAAGUGGUCACUCUGAUGCUGCUUCUGGUCUGAGCGAUGGGAACGAGGGCAGGCAUGAGGGGCGCUCUAUGAAACGACCCCAGAGCCGCUCUGUACGCAGCCACUCCCGCCACGAAAAGAUAGCCAAGGCCAAGCUCAAGCUCAAUGUGCUGAAUAUUUCUAAUAUUGGGGACAGAGUUGCUGAAUGUCAGCUGGAAACCCAUAACAAGAAAAUGGUCACAUUCAAGUUUGAUUUGGAUGGUGAUAAUCCUGUAGAAAUUGCUGAAAUUAUGAUUGAAAGUAAUUUUAUCUUGGAGAGCGAGCGGGAAUCCUUCAUAGAGCAGGUUCGAGAUGUCAUUCAGAUGGCAGAUCAGAAAGGAAAAGCUCAGAAAAAUAGCCAAAAUCAGGUGAGCAGUAAUUUGGGCCAGCAAGUACCUGAAAUUUCUACAUCCGUUCUGCCUGGUGUGCCACCGAGCGUAGCAGCACAGGUUGUACAUUCAGCAGGCCGGCGCUUCAUAGUCAGCCCAGUUCCUGAAGCAAAACUUCGCGAGCCGUUUUUUGGACCUCCUUCUGCAGACACAUCAUUUGAAGACUCUACACAAGCAUCUGAUCCCACACCAGCCAGCAUUGUUCAGCAGGACCAAGCUAGCUUUGCACCCGGCUCAACCCAGAUUUCUGUGGUACCACCCACACCUGGAGGUCUUGCCCCAGAGACUUCUCAAUACCAGAGCCCUGUCCCAGCAACCACUGCAACUCUGACAGAAGUAACCACUCCUGCACCAUCUACCACUUUAGCCCCAACUGAAUCACCAGCUCCACGUCGGCUGUCACUUCCCACCCCUUCACUAACUCCUCAAAAUGUUGUGGCUGAGAGCAAUGGCUUGGAUUCUCAAGCUCAAGCCGGCAUUCAGCAGGCACAAGUCGGCACCUCUUCUGUCCCUGUGACGCAACCAUCUGCAACAGGAGAUGCUGAGAGUGAUGUACAGGGGAAGCUGCCUGGAAUUGAAGACAUCCAUGCUUUAGAUCAGAAGCUGCGUUCCCUUUUCAAGGACUCCUCCCAGAGCUCCUCCAACCAACCUGAUGGAUCUGGAGAGACGUCUACAUCCUCUCCACCCAGUACUAUCAGCACUAACACUCCUGGCUUUGUCUCCGGUGCGACACCUUCCAGUUUGUCUCUCAGUUCCAGCGGGAACUUUGCACCUGGUGCUUUUGCCUCUAUUGUGACACCUACAAGCUUUGCCCAGACACCAUCUGCAGAUCUGUCCCCACAAAGACCACAGACCUCCGUAUCUGUAACUCAACCAGAUGGACAGACCAGCGCUGAGGAGAAAGAGCCAGCAACAUCUCCAUCCGAGAAAGCUUUAAAUAUUGGCAGAUUUCAGGUUUCUGUGGCCAGUGAUCAAGACCCAUGCACUGCUGAAGAUCCAGCAGUCAUAGUCUCAUCUUCCUCCAUCACCCCAUCUUCAACAACAACUUCGUCAUCACCAUCAUCUCUCUCUAGCCCUGAAAACACUGUUCAUAAAUCUCAGACCCCUCACAGGGUGAGCCCUGAACCCGUAUCUACCACUACAGUCGGCCGCUUUCAGGUGACCUCCAGCACUGACAUCCAAGUGGGCCGCUUCUCAGUGACUCCAGCAGAAGGAAAGAGCUCCUCUAUAAGCUCUGCUGAGGGACCAGACUCAUCUACAGAGUCUAAAAUGACCCCUUCCACCGUGUCCAUCACCAAUCACUACCUCAGCAGUGACAACGACUCUGAACCGGAAGAUGAGGGCUUUAAACAAGAGAUGAACAAGCUCAGGGAGAGACAUAUGGGUGAGAUCCAGGCAUUACAGAAUAAGCAGAAGGAAGAAAUCGAGGAACUGUAUACACGUCUGGGAAAAACGCCGCCUUCUGUGGUGAUCCCUCCAACUGUGGCCAUCACAGGCAGACGGAGACCCACUAAGAGCAAGGGGACCAGGUCAAGAAGUGGUAGUGGUACUGGUUCUUUUCAACAAGGGAACAAACAAGCUGUACAGAGUGGAAGUUCAGUCAAUCAGUCAGCCACUGGAAAGACAGAAACCAUACCAGGCUCAAACAUUCAUGUGCUAGUAACCACAAGUCCAGUGAGAGAUGAGAACGGACAGAGCCAUGACCAGGAUCAAGCACCUGCUGCUAAUCUGCCACACAAGGGCACAUUCACAGCUGACCUCCAUCAGCUGGUUGAUAAUUGGGCCAGGGAUGCCAAGAACAAGAUGCCACAGAUGCCACGUAAAUACUCUGCACCAGGUCAGCUUUGUUCCAUGGGUGGCAAUAUGCUAGUAACCACCAACCCUACAGCCGGGCGGAAGGGUUCACUGUGUGUGCCUAAUCAGCAGUUUGGCUACACCUGCCCCACCUACAGCAUGCCCCAGUGGGCUCAGACAAGCCCACUGUCAUCCACCGCUCCCCCCGCAGGACUACAGCAGGGCUUCCUCGUACCCUCAGGAGCUCACCAGUCUGGAAACAGCUGCGGGUCAACCAAUCUACGCACCACUCAGGCGAGCUGAAACAGCAGGGUUGGUUCCAGGAAGGGAAAAGCUGUGCCUCGUGGGGUUGAGAUUAUCGGAACUAGUGCUUUACAUGGACGCAUUUUAUCCAACAGUUUACAUCGGAAAAACUUUCAAGUCCAUAUAAUGUGACUCGGGUUAUUCGAAUCUGCUUUUUAAAGACUGAUAGAUGAAUGUGUUCAUUUGAUAAAGAGGCACAGAAAGGGUUAAACUGGUGUAUGUUGUCUUAAACAUCAGCUAUAUAGCCUUAUAGUACGGAUACCGUCCUUACUGUAAUAAAGUCAGGCAGUGGAAUACAGGGAUGGUGUUGCAGUUUACCAGCAGAAGAGUUAGUGAAUGGAUGGAAAGAAGACUACACCACCAACACAAACCUGAAUGAGUGUAUCCUACAUACGAGUCUAGACUGUGGGAAAACUGAUAAAGAAGGUAGGAAGGAAUGAAUGAAUGUUAGGAGUAACGGCAUUUCAGAGACAAGUAUUGGGGGACUUAAGUUGUGUAUUAAAGUGAAAGGAAAAGGAUGUGCAAUUGGGGGAGAUUUAAGCAGGGUUUUAUAGCUCUUCGUACUUGCACGUAUUUCUUAGCAUUGUUAAUUUGUGACUUUUUUUUAAUAUCGUUUUAUGAUGAGCUUACAAUAAUACAGUGUAUCUUAUAUAGACAUUCACCACUAGUCCACAUCCAACCCCUUGUAUGUAAGUGGAUAGAAUGCUUAAUUUGGAUGAGUGAGCAUCCUGUGUGAAAGCACAUUUGUUUUCGUCCAAUCGCAUGUUGCUUUCAAUUUGAAUUAAGCUAGCCUUAAACCACAGGAUAAUGUCUUCCCCAUCUUUAAAAUGUCACACAACCAUCAAAGCCCUUGCUGUAGUAAAUUAAAUACUUGAUCUUUGUGGUGAAAAUAUGGUGCAUUUGACUGCAGCAACAUAGAAGUACAGUAUUAAACUAUAGCAACUCAUUAACAGUUUGUUAUAUCACUCCCCCAAACCAUUUUUUUCUAUACCACAAAUUGAGUGCCAAUUGUUUGCGGAUGUCACCUCUAAAAUGAUCCGCUAGACUUCUCUAGAGAAGGUAAAUGUUACUGCAAUGCAGAAAACAGCAUUUAAAGGUUUAACCAACCAGGGAGGGUUUAUUUGUUACUUUUGAUACUUGAGUUCACAGAUUUGAAUCCUUUGUAAUUGACCAAAACCACAUUUGGACACAGUUAAAACCACUGAAAUACCACUUAUCAUAGUCACACGAUCCCGUCACAUGACUGAAAUUCUGAAAGCUGAAUGGUUUCACAAUCCAUAACUCACAUAUUCCCAGAGUAAACAGCAUUACAUUUGUGGGGUCAAAAAUUGCUGCUGAUGUUUUCUUUCAAAGUUUCCAUCCAGGGUCCUUUUGGUGACUUAUCUAUGGUUUUGUGUUAAAACAAAAAAAAAAAUGUAUAUAUAAAUAUAUAUUAAAAUGCUUAAUAAAACAUUUUGGACUUUUCCUCCUCCCACAA